CUACCUGUUUCACGGACGAGUUGUCUAACAUAUGCAAACCGGAAACAAGGUUUAAUUUGGGCACUUGGAUAACCGACUGGACCACUCGGACCAGGGACCAAACUAACAAGCUCUUGAAAAAUUCUUUCAAACUAUCCAUCAUGAAACAUAAGGGCCUCAUUUCUCUCCUUAGACCAACAACAACAAAACAUGAUGUCCCUGUUUUAUUUCAAGAGCCCCAUGUUGAAACUGGAUUCAGACACCCUCAUCAGCCCUGGUUCUACUACAUCUGCAGCAUUUUUCAAAAACACAAUGAGUGCAUGAAUGUAUGGACACACCUCAUUGGUUUACUUUUGACUGUUUCCAGAACCAUUGAGUUCUCAAAUGAGUAUGACCUAAUCGGAAAUCCGCACAUGUGGCCCCUGAGUGCUGGGCUGAUAACAAUGAUUUUAAUGUAUCUUUGCAGUACUUGUGCUCACUGCUUCUCUCAUAAGUCUGAACUUGUCCACUACACAGGAUUUAUGAUAGAUUAUGCAGGCAUUGGCAUAUUUGGUUUAGGAAGCACAAUUAUUCAUUAUGCCUACUGUAUCCAUGACACCAUGUUGAACUCGUCCCUUAAAAUGCUAUCAGUUCCAAUUGGGGUAAUUUUAGGUGCACUGGUCUGUAUAUGCUGCACUGUGUCUAAGGUCUUUUACAAACGUCCUUAUCCAUUUACAAGGAAGAUAUGGCAGAUUGGGUCAGUGGGAGGCAUUUAUACCUGGCUUUCCUUGCCGAUUCUUCAUCGCCUGUUUCUAGACAAAGAAGGGGAGGAUGUGAGUCUCUACCACCAUACAUCUCAGAUGAUCUGGUUUGCCUUGGCUGGGUUCUUCUUUGGAUCUGAUAUACCUCAGAGGUUUUUCCCAGGAAAAUUUGAUUUUGUUGGGCAUAGCCAUCAGAUUUUUCAUAUCUGCAUCAUUCUAGUCACCCAGAAACAGCUGGAUGGUGUUCAUUUAGAUAUUGAGAAAUAUCACAGAACCCCAGCUUUUGUCGACGAGCCUUCAUUCAUGGAAACGUUUGGGGCAGUCAUCAGUCUGACCAUUGUCUGUUUCUUAAAUGUCCUUAUAUUUCAUAACGUAGUUAAAUACAGAUUAGGCAAAGAAAAUGUAAAGCAAGAGUAAAAUAGGUUAUUGAUUUUUGUUGGGAUUUUUACUAGUCGUUAAAGUUAUUACUGUAGAUAGGGUUAUCUUUGUUCUGAUUUUUUUUGGCCCCUCUACAUUUGCAAACGGUUUUGCCCCGUCUUUGAUAUGCCCAUUCAUAGUUAGAAAUAAACACUCUUUCUAAAUGAAAGAGUUAUUAUUGUUUUGAAUUGGCCUAGACUUAAAGUUCCCAGCUGACAAUGAGGGCGAAAGGGGCAAAAAUAAAAUUGGGGCGAAAAUUUCCCUGACACAGUAUCUGGUAUGUAGUACAUGUAUCAGUAUAUCAAUGAAUGAUCACUGAAGGUCCUUUAAGGAACAUGAAUAUCAUUUCAAUUUGAUGUGUUCUCAUGAUAUUGUAAUGUAGUCCCCUUACUUUUGAUGAAAGGCAUAAUUAAGUAAUAUUUUAGAUUUUCUCAUUAAUUACACUUUCUGAACCAAAUAGUCUCUUUUCCUUGUUAUUGGUCUUAUUUUGUUAAGUGUUACCAUUGUUCCAAAGGUUUUGUUGGU